CGCAUUACGAAAUCUAGUCAGAAUUAUCGAUCACCGGCAAAUUAAAAUCAUGCUCCCGAAUAGAAUCCUUAACAAUUUUAAUAGGAGUCAAUUAAGAAGUCAAUUUGACCACUGGUUAUCACUUAAGCACAAUAUCUUAAAAAUAAGCGUUUCAAGUUAUCACAAAAAUGGGAAACAUGCAAGUAUUCAACAAUUUUAUAAUGCACGUGGUCAACAAAGAAGGCACUACUCUUUUAUACAUGACACUAAUUAUUUACAUUAUGGACAUGAUGUCCAGCCUGAUGUUGCACUUUUUGAAAUGUUUAAAAGCCAAGACACCGGACUUCUAUCUAUAGGAAAAUUUUUAUCGGCUGUUAAAGCCACAGGCCUUAGGAAAAAUGAUCCAAGACUAAAGGAAAUGAUGGAAAAUUUAAAGAAAAUAUCUAGAAAAAAUUCUGAAGGAUAUUCGGUAGAUACGCAAAAAUUAAACUUGGAACAAUUUAAAAGUAUAAUAUCUCCAAGCAUCGCUCUCUUGUCUACGGCAUUUAGACACCAGUUCAUAAUACCAGAAUUUCAAAGCUUUAGUAAAGAAUUAGAAGAAAUUUAUUGGAAAUGCAAAGAGAAUACCGAUGGCAAUGUAGCGUGCUAUAUUCCCCAACUAAAAAGAAUGAGUCCAAAUUACUGGGGAGUUAGCAUAGUUACUAUAGAUGGGCAAAGGUAUUCUAUCGGAGACGUGACUAUACCAUUUACUAUUCAGUCUUGCAGUAAGCCUCUAUCAUACGCUAUAGCUUUGGAUCUUCUUGGUGCUGAUGUAGUUCAUACUUAUGUUGGUCAAGAACCCAGUGGUAGAAACUUCAAUGAACUUAUUCUAGACCAUAAUAAAAAACCUCACAAUCCUAUGAUAAAUGCUGGGGCUAUCAUAAUAUGUUCACUUCUCAAGACCAUACAUCGGCCAGAGAUGAGUUCUGCGGAAAAAUUUGAUUUUACAAUGAAUUACUUUGAGAAACUAGCAGGAGGAGAGGACUUGGGCUUCAAUAAUGCAGUAUUUUUGUCUGAACGGGAAUGUGCUGAUAGAAAUUAUGCCUUAGGAUUUUAUAUGAGGGAGCAUAAAUGUUUUCCAGAAAACAGUAAAUUUAGAGAGUGCAUGGACUUUUAUUUUCAGUGUUGCUCACUUGAAGCGAAUUGUGAUAUUGUCGCCGUCAUGGCAGCUACAUUGGCAAAUGGUGGAAUUUGUCCCGUUUCUGAAGAAAAGGUACUUAAGCCAGAAAGUGUCCGAGACGUAUUGUCGUUAAUGCACAGUUGUGGGAUGUACGACUACUCUGGACAAUUUGCAUUUAAGGUUGGUCUUCCUGCUAAAUCUGGGGUAAGUGGUGCAAUGCUCGUUGUUGUUCCAAACGUAAUGGGCAUGUGUUUGUACUCCCCUCCUUUGGAUACAUUGGGAAACAGCUGUAGAGGGGUACAAUUCUGCGAGGAGUUAGUUAAAAAGUUCAACUUCCAUAGAUAUGACAACUUGAAACAUGCUUCCAACAAGUCUGACCCUAGAAAGCACAAAUUUGAAAGUAUAGGUCUCAAUAUUGUCAACUUAUUGUUUUCUGCUGCUUCCGGGGACUUACCAGGUUUAAGAAGGCACAAGCUGUCAGGAAUGGACAUGUCCCUCGCAGAUUACGACGGUAGAACUGCCCUUCAUUUAGCGGCAGCAGAAGGGCAUAUAAACUGCGUGGAGUUCCUUCUAAAGCACUGUCGCGUUCCAUACGAAGUACGCGACAGAUGGGGUAAAACGCCGUUAGAAGAAGCCUUAGCUUUUGGUCACACUGAUGUCAUAGAAAUGAUACAGUUCUGGGAUGAAGAAGUUACGAGGAAUUCUGCCAAAGAUAGAUAUGAAGAUCCUCCAAUAGCAGAAUUUAUUAUAAAACAAGAUCAUUAAAUUGAAAGAAAGUCAUUUUAGUAUAGAUAGUACCAUUUGGUAUUGAAAUUUCUCUGACAAUUCAGUACACGUACCGUUGUUCUUGACUAUAUCUAUUUUUUGGAAAGAAUUGCUCCCAUUGUAGUUAUCUUGACAAACUUAAUUAUAUAUUUGGUUAUUCUAUCUCAAAUUAAAUCUGUUGUUGUACGAAUCCAGUGUGAAACUAGUCACUCUGUCUCAUUUUUGUUUUAGGAAAAAGUAAUACCAGAACUCUUAAUAGUAAUAAUUGUUGGAAAUUUCAUUUGUUCAUAAAUUAAAUGUGUUUAAGAACUUAUUUUUCGUUAGUGUUUAUCAGUUGAUCAGUAUUAUGUGAUAUUAUUUAGAAUGAA